AUUGUUAAAUUCCAGUUAAAAAUCAAUUGAAACCAGUUGGAAAAUCCAACUUGUUUCAAUUGGAUUUUGGUCCUGGGGUUGGGGGGCCAAGCCGGCCUGCGUCCCCCUUUGAAUUUAAGUGAAGACCCUGUUUGUUUGUUUGUUUUGUUUUGUUUUUUUGCUUGUCAAAUUUUUGUGUGGAUGAAAUGUCCUUAAUUUUUGGUUAAAACCUUUUUUAUUUUUGCUUGUCAUAUUUUUCCUUGGAAAAUGUGCCAUCCCCCUCUUUUUGGAAAAUCCUGGAUUCGCCCCUCAUUAUCGAGACAUGAGCAAUUUACUUACGAGCAAAACAUGAUGUUGCAGGUAGAAAGGUUGGGGUCACAACGAAUGAAAAUGGAUUCUUGGACGUAGCUUUCAUUUUCUCAAAAGAAUACACAGGUGCACUCAAGCAUGUAGCAUUUGGUGGAUACCAAGAAUGCAUUGGCUUUACGUGAAAGUGAAGCGAUAGUACUCGGCGAAUCUCCUUGAAUAACUGAGUGCAGUGAGGUAAGUCUUUCUGGCCUUUGUUCGAACAUGGACCAAUUUGCAAUAGGUCCAUGUAGACAUACCUUGAACGAGUGUCAGUAUGAAUCGAAUCUGCUCUUUUCUGCAUUCAAAGUUUAAAACAUGCAGUUUGCACAAAGUUGUUGGUAUACAUGCAUGGCCUAGGGACGAAAGGUAGAUAUUUCUACGCGGUUGCAUAGAACAACAGGAAUGGAGGAAUCCAACCGUUACAAUACCCCUAUCAUUAACUGGAAGUGGGGUUACGCUAUCUUACUCUCCAAGUUCGUGAUCAAUAUGUGGUGUGGCAUCCCCAAAUCCUUUGGUGUUAUCCUCCCUGAGAUGGUUGAUAGAUUCAGCGCGAAUUACGCCACUUUAGGAUUCAUCUGUAGUAUUCCUGGUACAAUCACGCACUUUUUAGGUCCCUUUACUUCCUUGUUGCUUGAGAGGGUCGAUCAUCGUGUUGCUGCUAUGUCAGGAGCGGUAAUAAUAGCAGUGUGUCUAAUAUUAUGUGGCUUCACUUACAACCUCACUGUUUUCGGUAUCCUUCUUGGACUUACAGGUGUGAGAUCCUUUGUAUAUUUCCCGAUCACGCUCCUGUUGAACAAAUAUUUCAAGGAAAACUAUGUUUUGGCCAAUACCCUAGCAUCAUUCGGUAUAACAACGGGGAUAAUGUUCUUACCUAUCAUUACUGAACGAUCGCUGGAAGCUUACGGUUAUCAAGGGGUGUUUCUGAUACUUGGGGGAAUCAUGCUUCAUUUGGUGGCAGCGGCAGCCGUUAUUCGGAAACCGAUAUACAAUACUAGAGACCAUAUCACUGAGCAGGUUUCUUCUGAUACAGAUGCAUCUAAGGUUUGCUAUCAUGAACUUUGUGACGGUGAGAAAUGCAGCCUAAAGAUUGAAGGAAGUCAACAAGAUAAAAGGACGACAGGUGAAUCAAGAAAGGAUGCAACUGAGAUUGAUGAACAAGAGGGAUUAUUAUCAUAUGACGAUGGAGAUAUUCACCGAAAUCCGCAGCAACAUAGUGGAAGCAAUCCUGAAGUGCCUGAAGAGCAGCACAACAGGUUGACCACUGAUGAUCAUCAUGGUGAUGGUUCUCAGGAUACAUUCUGCUGGCUAUUAAUAUCACGCUGUAAACUCUUCCUGGCCAAUGAAGCACUUUUCUUGAUAUGUAUCCCAUCGUUCUUCUUUUAUGUUUAUGCUUUCGAAGCUUGGGUAUUGUUCCUGGUGCCUCACGCAGAAGACCUCGGAAUCAGUUCAUCCAGGGCCGUUUUUCUGUCUUCAAUUGGUGGUGUCGGCGGAUUAAUUGGCAGAUUGAUUGUAGUCGUUUUACUCGUUAGAAAAAUCGACAUGAUCAAAAUUUAUAUCAUAGUCGGUUUUAUAACCAGUUUGACAUUUUUCUUGGAUUUUAUCGAUGAAUCAUUUCUUGUUCGUUCAAUCUGGGCAUUCAUUCAGGGAGUCUGCUUUUUCAUACAGGACACGUGCGAUGCAACUUAUCUGAAAUUCGUUUUGAGAGAUGAAAGCAACUUCAGUUUCGCACUUGGGCUGAUACUGCUAGCUCAUUGUUUUGGCAGUACCUUUUCCGGAGUUUUCACAGGCACCUUACUGGAUUUCACCCAGUCCUACACCAAAGUCUUCAUGAUAACUGGAAUCAGUACCGCAUGUUUCACCGUCAAUGUAACAGUCAUAUAUCUACUCUUAAAAAGGAGAUCUGCUUCAGAGUCAGUUUUUAUCAAAUCUGCGUAAUUCUUCCAAGGAUUAACGAGCUGAGGGCAGGCUGUUCCUCUGCUUACAGGGAUUCCCUUCUUUCUGACUCAAUCUCUUACAUCUGCAUCUUCCGGCCGGGAAAGAUUAUCUCACUUAUGAUCAGGACAUAAUAAUUGAUCACAGAUCUCCUGGCAGGAUCUUUUCGAGUGUUUUCUGCCAAUAUAGCCUACUAUUUCUACUAUUUACGUCCUCAAGGUUCUUCUAGCGAAGUACCCGACUCGUACCUGACAUUGAAGAAGAGAGUAACACACGCAGAGGAAAGCUUUGCAUCCCUCUCAGAAGGAACCCUCCCUUCUUCUUUACUUGGCGCCUCCUAAUCAUGUAUUCCUGUCCGUCAUCCACCCUGCACAUCGGUCGAGAAAUUAUUUUUCCCACCGCAGUUCCGGACCGUAAUUCAGGGGAGCGUACGUUUCAUCAACAUUUUUGUCCGACAAGUAGUCAGAUCUGACAACUUUCCUUGAUUCUGAUUGGCUGAGAGGCACUGUUACUGUGGUAACAGUCGGAUAAAACAGGGCUUGUCGGAUGAAACGUCUGACAAGUCCUUUCAUGAAACGCUCCCCAGGACUUUCGUCUUCGGAAUAAGACUACGUAUGCGCUCGGACUCUAUGCAAAAUCGUGGUCGUUUGCGUUGCUAUCAACAUCCUCAAGUUGCUGGUACCCUUAUAAAGGUUUUAGCUUUAUGGCAUUAACUUUAUCUCAUAUCUGGAUCUGUCUAAUGUCGGCAGCCGACUAAUGCCAUGGUUAGCUUAGAGCUGGUUAAUUCCGAACUUUACGUUUACUUACGUUCAACUACUGCAGGGCUUGGUAGCCUUAGUUUAAUAGGUCUAGUCCGUAUAUAGAACUACUAACAUUCUGCCUAUUCGAGUACGGGAACUUAAAAACUUAAUGAUUUGUAAAGAACAUGCUUAUUGACCAAUUACAUUUUUCUUGAUCAACUUCCCCGGCGAUCGAAAUAGCUAUGCAGAACCGCGCGUUUACAUUAACAUGCAGGUUCUGCGCACCGAAGUUGUGCCUGACGUUAUACGUGAGUGUGUGGUCUAUCAAGAUAAAGAUCUAGAGACUUGAUCUAAAAUAAAAAUUUUUUUGAUCUAGAACUAGUUUUAUAUACGGACUAGACAUAUUAAACCAAGGCUACCAAGCUCAUUGGUCUAACGUAAGUAAGCGUAAAGUUCUGAAUUAACAAUUACGAGUAGUCGGCCGCAGGCAUUAGACAGGUCCAGAUUUGAGAUAAAGUUAACUCCCUAGCCAAGCGUAGCCGUAGCCUAGCCUAACAUUUUGUCUUGUGAUAAAUAGAUUCAUAUAUCUAAGCUUAAGACCUUUUGGGUACCGGCAAUUUGAGGGUGCUGAUUCAUUCGUGGCCCAUGAAUGAAUCAUGGGAUGCAACGAGAAUGACCACAAUUUUGUAAAGACAAGUUCACGCGCAUGCGAAGUCUUAUUCCAAAAUGCGGAGGGGAAAAUAAUUUCGACUGCGGUUAGCCAUCAAUAUAAAAAUUCAGCUUCUAACCAGCACUUAUCUUACCUAAAGUAGACUGUGGAAGAUCCCCUGACUAGUUUCCGCUGCUUGCUAUGCACCUGUGGAAACUGUCUUUGACUUUGUUAGUGAAUGCAUAGCCUAUACUCAUCUUAGAAAUAAUUUCUAAAGCAAUUUAAAGCAAUGUAAAGGGCAUUGGUAAAAUACAGACUUUCAUAUGUAUAUAUUUCUUUGGAAAAUCUUCCAAUAUAGGCAGCGGUGGUAUUUUCAUUUUGAUGUACUUUGGUCACAGUAAGUGGUGUACUAAUUAUCUUUGAAUCUGUUGUAAUUAUAAUCUAUAAUAUCUAUGAACAUUGUUUUUUACUGCUAAGAGUUCUAAACACUUAUCUGCAACAAGUGUGGCACUUAAAAUUGAAAAGAAUUGAAUAGAUACAUUGUAAAUGAUGAUGAAUCUCAUAACACAUUAAACUGUUCACACUGGCAGAUAAUGUGGAAAUUAACUGGUUUCAAUUGGAUCUGGUUGGGUAACUGGAAAAUUUCCAAUUGGAAACAAAUUGGAAAUAAUUUCCAGUAACCCAACUCGAUCCAGUUAGGAUUUCCAGUUCACCAACUGGUUCCAGUUUUAUCUCUAGUUAGCCAACUGGUUCCAAUUCUUCAU